AUGGCGGCGCAGAGGGAGUCCCAACACGGCGCGUCGGGAAUUAAUGUCCUGCUUGGAGUUUUACACAUUUUAGUACCGUUUAUACACAGAGGAGAUGCUCAGCUUGCAGCUUUGAGCCACAGUGUUGUAGAAGUCUGGCAAGCAGAAGAUGCAGACUUCUUAAUACCAUCACAAGCAGUGGAAGAGCGAAGUCCAGAUAGUCUCCCACAGGAGGAAAGUUCCUCAUUUUAUGUGCGGGACACUGGGAGACCUGUCCGCUUUCAACCGUCCACGUUGGACUUUGGAACUCAGCCUAUAGGUGUGCCACGAGCUGAGACCAUAUACAUACACAAUCCCAGUGCAGAGCUUCCAGUCACACUGCAGUCUGUCAUCAUAUCCAGCACACACUUUCACAUGCCAGCCUUUCACAGACGGGUGAUACCACCCAGAGGAAAGACCUCUUUUAAACUUAUUUUCCUUCCAAGAGAGGAGGGCAAUGUAGAAAACUCUUUAUUUAUUAACACAUCAACCCAUGGUGUGAUAACAUACCAGGUUUUUGGGGUUGGCGUGCAUGCUGACUCUACUAAGGAUGUGCCAAGAAAAGACAGUGCUCUUAUAUUCCCUCAAAUACAGAGUAUUAAACUAACACAAACUCAGGAAGAAGCUUUAAAUAUUACCAUCCUGGGACUGCAGUUGGAGUGCAGUCUUCCUAAAGCACUCUAUACUCGCCCACAGGGCUCAUGUUUUGGAGCAGAGGAUGAAGGACGUCUCUCCCUCCAGAUUAGUCUCUCUGAGAGAGGAGAAAGGUCGACUCACCUCGAUAAACUGAAGCCCUAUGUGCUGGAGAACAUCAUGGUGCUGCUUAUUCUUCCUCCAUCAGGGGGAGCUGCAUAUCCAAAAAUAGGAGUAUACAUGCUAAACUCAGGAAUCAGACAGCUCUUUGUAAAGGAAAUACAGAUCUUAUCAAGAACAGACAUCUUUGUAGAAAACAACCAUGUGCCACUGAAAGCUUCGUCCAGUAAUCUUACUCAAGUGGCCACACUGUCCUGCAGAAAGUCUCUGUCAUCGCAAAGUAAAACAUGUUCCAGUCACAUCAACUUGCAGAUCAUUAGAAACAGCAGUAUGAAAGUAUUUCCCUGGUUACAUGGAACACAAAGGCACUAUGAUUCUUCAGUAUGGUUUCAGUUUAUAAAAAAGCAAAAAGGCACAGACCAGGUAGAGUUGUGGCUUACCAACCCGCUUCAUCUGACCUUCACCGUAACCAACAUCUCCCUCACACAACCAUCACCUCGACUCUUUAAGCUAGUGAAUGUCAGUAAAUCAGUGAGCGUGGCUUCUGACUGCUGGAAGCUACUGAAGCUCCAACUUCUUAAUAGAACAUUGCCAAUCAAUGCAGUCGCUCUGGUAACGGUCACCACCAGCCUGGGGUUUGCUCUUGAGCUGCGUAUGCACGCCUCCUCCACAGGGUUAAAGAAUAAGGAUGUGGUAUUUGAAACCAGGGGUGAGUGUGAACAGCUCUGCCCUCUACGUCUCUCCAAAACUGGGCGUCUGGAGUGGCAGCAGUCUCUACUCCUAAAAUCCUCAGCUUCUCUGUGGAAGACAGACAGCAGUUUGGCGUCUACACUUUCUUUUUAUCACAGUAAAGAGCUUUCCUGCAGAUGGCCCAGGCUUGCUGCAGAUUGCUCUUCUGCUUUGGAUUUUGGAGCCACACCAGUAAACGAGAGCAAGAUUAAAAACUUUACUCUGAAAAACCCAACUGGUUCAGUGCUUUCACUGGAGAUUAGAACACUUUCUUCAUAUCCAGCUCCACUUGAAGCCUUAGACCUGCUUAGUAAGUGGUUUAACGUCAGCCCACUCUCAGUGAACGUCACUACAUCCGAGUUUUCUUUGCUGCCUGUUGACCACAAGGAGAUUCAGAGAGGCAGUAGUGUGCAGAGAAUCCUACUGCAGCCUUGGGAGUCCAGAAGUGUAAGUGUGGCGUACACACCCAGUCAACACAAACCUGUCACCUCCGUCCUGCUCAUCAGAAAUAACCUGACAGUGUUUGACCUGGUUCUGGUGAAGGGCUUCGGGGCAAAAGAGCUCCUGCGUGUGGGGGGUAAACUCCCUGGUCCUGGGGCAUCACUUCGCUUUAAUGUUCCUCAGUCUACCCUCAUGGAGUGCAGAGAUGGUCUGCGCAGUCGCCUCAGUAAGCCACUGUUCGCCAUCCAGAAGAGUUUUAAAGUGGAGAACGCAGGAGAGCUUCCUCUCACUGUCAUGUCCAUGAACAUUAAUGGUUAUAAAUGCCAGGCCUUUGGCUUUGAGGUGCUGCAAUGCAGAUCCUUCAGCAUCGACAACAACUCUUCCUCGGAAAUCACCAUUGCGUUCACCCCAGACUUCACAUCAUCAUGGGUGAUCAGAGAUCUGACACUAAUAACAGAGCGUGGUUCAUCCUUUCCUUUUACCUUGAAUGUCACUUUGCCACACCACAUGCUGCCUCUAUGUGCUCAGGUCGUACCUGGGCCUAGCUGGGAGGAGUCCUUCUGGGUCAUCACACUUGUCUUUACAUGCUUCUCUCUGGCUGGAGUGUGUCUCAUGGCAUUUCAUCAGGCUCAGUACAUUCUGAGAGAGUUUUCCACUCCAGCGCCACGAAGCAACCACAACUCCAACCCUCGUGAAAACAGCAACCAUAACACCCCAAACAACACCAGUAAGGGCAAAGGCAGCUGCAAGAACUACUCUGACACGAGUCACACCUCUGAUAAAGGCAAAGGGCGAGGCUCUACAGCAUUGGCCAAUGGCACAGCCCGUUCUCAAGCCCCAUCAAAAAAGAGUUCCGGAGGUUCCUCUCAGCCUCAGAAGAAACAGACGCGUGUUUCAUUUCUCUAUAGAUACAGAAGCAACUCCAAUGCUAAUUCUGCUAAUGUUAAUACUAAUGCUCCAGCAGAUGAAGAAAGAGAGGAGCAUACAUUCGAGCCUGACCCAGAAGUCUGUAAUAAUAACAACAAUGAUGAUGAUUGUUUAAAUGAGCCUCUUCUUCAGUCAGCAAAGAAAGAACAGAUCAGAGAGGAAAAGGCUUCUCCAGGUGAUAUGUUUCCAAUGGAAGCGCUUCCUGGAUUCUCUGAAAGCAUUACAGCCAAUCAUGUGCCUCCGUCUCACGUGGAUGAACAGAUGGAAAGCAGGUGCAGUCAAAAAAUGGAAGAGGAAAAAAGGGCAGACAUGGACAUAGAGCAGAGAGAAAGUGCUCAAAAGAAAAGAGCGGAAAAAGACUCUGAGCUCAUUGUGUCCAACACCAAAACCAAGAAAAACUCAGGAAAGAACCGCAGGAGAACUGCAGAAUCAACUCCCGGGCUCCCAGGAAACAACCCUGUUAUAAUGACUGAGUGUGAGGGGGAACCCGAGUGCAAAGAACCACGUAGUGCAACUAGAACCCGCAACCACCCGAUCAGUAUGAAGCUAGAGAUUCCCAAAGCAGCAGUGACAGUGGAGAGUCCUGCCAAACCAAGUGGCGUGUGUUUGGUCAGACCCCGCCGGAAGGCUCCAGAACGCCGGAUGCAGUGGGAGUCGGGUUCUGACUCGGGCAGCUCGUCGGGCAGCGUGAAAGGCAGCAGGGAAUCUUGGGGCAGCUGGAGCAGUGUAGAGGGAGAGAAGGAUCCCAACAGAGCUCGAACAAGAGAGGCGCAACUGUACAACACGAACACAGCCGACCGUGAAUGUUACCCACAAGUAAACUGCACCUUCAAAACUCAGAGCAUGAAUAAUCUGUAUGUAAAGGACCAGUGCCAAAUCUCAGACCCGGACGCUUUCUCUCCGAGCUUUGCUAAUGUAGCUGUGGGUCUUGACAGGAGCUCAGAUGCAAGUUCUACUUAUGUGCCUGAGCAAACCUGGGCUGCACCUUCUGUUCCUCUGACCAACGGGUUUAGGUACAGCAUGCCUGAGCCACUCAACGUUGCCAACCAGAACUCCAGCCCCUUCACUGGAAGAUUCCCUUGGAAUAGUGCAGCCGGCCCAUGCAGCAGUCCUUACUCUUACUGCCAUCCAAAUAACUACAUGCUAGCAGGAAAUGGAAAUUACCAGAACAGCUUCCCAUGCCGUGAAACCCAACCACAGGCCAGCUGGAAUGAGAAUGGAGCUCAUGAGGCUACUUCUUCCUGGGACAUGACCAGUUGUGUGGGUAGCAAGCCAUAUUUUUCAGGCACCCGGAGUCUGUCCCCUAUCUCCUCCAGUCUGUUCGGCUCUAUCUGGACCCCCCAGAGUGAGCCGUAUCAGAGUAACUUGCACACCGAGCGUUCGGUGCCCGUCUCCCCAGUGUCUCCUUUCCCUCCAGAACCACUUCCACUUACUCCCAAGCCCUUCAAUCCGUUUGGCCCCCACAUGAACCUGGACAUCUGGAACAAUUCGGCUUCGAACCGCAGCUCCAACUCGCAGCUGUCCAAUGACUCGGGCUACUGCGCAGACGUGUGACGACCAGAGCUCUUACUCUCACGGCAUAAGGAAUGACGAGGACACAUAUAAGAAUGUGGUUUUAUUGAAAACAGAGGAAAAAAAUGAAAUUUAUUUCAUGUUCUUUUUUUUCCUUGCUCCAAUCCAAAUAAUGUGCAAAUGUAAGCAUUUUGUUGUAUAUUUUUCUAGAUGUUUUGCAGACUUGACCAUAAAAAAAAUAAUAAAAAAACUGUUUUGUA